UUUGGAUGCAUCAGAAGCAGACAUGAGAAAGCAGAAGCAGCAGUAGCUGUGUAUAAAUGACACACACACACACACAUACACACACACACUGUCUCCCUUGUUUAAACAAAAACAAACACAUAAACUCCUUCGGUCGAAGUGUGUGCUCCUAAUUGCGAGGAGUUACACAAAGAAUGGGCGUGGAUUAUCCAUCGAAAGAGAGCCCAGAGACCUUGGCUUUUUUUUUUUUGGACAAGCAUCUGAGCGCUCAGCUCAGUCGGUGAGCGGCAGAGGAGGAACCAGCAGCAUGGAGUGCGCAGGGUGUGCAGCAAUCUUUGUGUGAAUCCUUCCCCCCAAAAGCCCCAACUAAAGGCGCACAGGAAGGAGGGGAGCCGGCAAGUCAGAGGGUUGUUUAAGAGUGAGAUAUAGGGAGAGAGGGAGGAGAGCAGGGUAGGAAAGUCUGGACCAGGUGAUUGAGUGCUAACAAACCUCCAAGGGGGCUGCCGGGUUCGAACACAGGAUCAGCGACCAUGGUGCCAGCGCGCUGCCCGGGACUGGCCCUCCUGCUCCUCCUCCUCCUCCUCCUGGGGUGCGCCGUGGUUGUGUGCCUCGGCCAGAACGACACGGAGCCCAUCGUGCUGGAGGGGAAGUGUCUCGUCGUGUGUGAUUCGAACCCUUCCUCGGACGGAGCGGUCACGUCCUCACUCGGCAUCUCGGUGCGCUCUGCCGGGGCAAAGGUGGCUUUUUCGGCCGUGCGUGGCACCAACCACGAGCCGUCGGAGAUGAGCAACACCUCCAUGACCAUCUACUUUGACCAGGUUUUAGUCAACAUCGGCAACCAUUUCGACCUGAAGGCGAGUGUUUUCCAGGCUCCGAGGAGGGGGAUUUAUAGUUUCAGCUUCCACGUAGUGAAGGUCUACAACAGACAAACCAUUCAGGUAAACCUGAUGCAGAACGACUACCCAGUGAUAUCAGCCUUUGCCGGGGAUCAGGACGUCACACGGGAGGCGGCCAGUAAUGGAGUACUGCUGAUGGUGGAGCGGGAGGACCGCGUUUACCUGAAGCUGGAGCGAGGCACCCUCAUGGGCGGAUGGAAAUACUCCACCUUCUCAGGCUUUCUGGUCUUUCCUCUAUAAUCUGACCCGGGAUGGGACUCUGCUUGGAUCAACAACAACAUGCAAUUUAUUUUCAACAAGAACAGCCAAGGAAGCCGACGAAUAUCCUGAUGAUUCACACGCCCCAACCUCCCUCCUCCUCCUCCUCUUCCUCCUCACAUUCGUCUAUCUAGUCUAAUAUGAACCUUGGAGAUUCAAAAAUUCAUCAACUUUUACGCAGGCAGGACGUCGUGGUGGUGUGUUGGGGAUUUUUUUUCUGGCUUGGGAAACCAAAAGGGACAAAAACAACAAAGGAGAGGACAUGAAGUGGAAGAAGCGACGAGUGUGUUAUGCUCUAUUUUAAGUUUUGUAUAGCCUUAACGAAUAUAUGGUUUCCGUCCAAGUGAAGUAUAUGGAAUUAUUGGACAACCAGAGAAAGAAGUGCUUUUUUUUUUUGCUCGAAUGGAUGUUUUUGUGCCGUCAAUCGUUUUACGUUUGGAUGCUGAAAAUAAGCCAAAUCAGGGCUACAAGAAGAGUUAUUUAUAAAAAGAAGAAGCCGCCGGAAACGACGUGACUUAGAGAGCCCUUUUCCUGAAAAAAAUGAAGAAUGAAUCUAUCAUUUAUAAAGUACAUAUUCACAUUUAGUGUGUGUUCGACAUUGCGGAAUCUGCUUAUAGCUUUUGAUUGAUUUCAAUGUUCAGUGACGUUGCUCACCAAAUGUACAAUGUGGAAACAAUAGAAGAAUCCCUAUAUAUGUCCCGCUUAAUAAAAUAUAUUGUAUUGUAUAGACUAAGCGCAUAGUUUUUAUUGAAAAGGAGCUGGAAACGUGGAAGAGGUCGUGUCAUGUCAAUGAGGCCUGGUGGUCGCUGUCCGUGGUGCUGAAACCACACAGGCUCAAAUUACAGUCCUGUUGUAGAUUUGGUUUCAAUGGAAGGAUACAAGAUGAUGAAAGGGAAUUUGGUCGUUGCUUAAUGGCAGCUACCGUGUUGCCCUUUGAAGUAUCAACAGCAAAGCUGCAACAAUGAAUCAGUGAUUAAUCAAUUAUGCACUUCAUCGACAACCAUUUUUGGAUUCGAGUAAUCGUUGCUAGAUUUAAAAAUGUACAUAUCCUCUGAUUUCAGCCUCUCAAAUGUGAAUAUUUUUUUAUUUCCUUAGUCAUCCAUAAAAACAGACCUGCUAUCUUUGUGUUUUAGGAAAAAUGAGAUAUUCGCACACAUCAGUUUGAACUUUGGAAAACAAUUCCAAUCAUUGUUGUCUCUUUUCUGAUAUGUUGCGGACAAAACCAUGAACUGCUUGUGUUUGGUCCAUAAUGAUUUGGCCAUUUUGUGCAGAGGUGUCCAAAGUGCGGCCCGGGGGCCAUUUCAGGCCCA